AUGCCUUCCUUCACUCAAAUCAUCGCUCUCUCUAUCGCCGCCCUCUCGGCUACCGUCUCUGCUAGCCCAGUAGACUGGGAACUCACUGCUCGCGAUGUCAACAUCUGCUGGGGAAAGGGCUCUAAGGGUACUGAUGGCUACACCCAUCCAACUCCAUCCCGCUGCCUACAAGUCCACUACGAGGACUCCUUCACCGCGCCAUUCACUAUCGCGCAACCCGGUGCCCCAUCCUUCGAACUCAUCACAGAGUCCCACCAAACAUUCGGCCCAAUGCACUGUUGCAACUCCUGCAAGGCUGCUGACAACUGUGUCGGUUGGCAAAUUAUGGCCAACUGUGACUGCGUCUUGUGGAAAGCCCCAACCCUUACCAAUGCCGAAAAUGUUCUCGGAGUUUGGGCUCAAGAUGGUCCAUUCCGUAACCAGACUGGUUCUUUCCACCGUGGACCAUCCUUCCCAGUUGCUCCAAACUUCUUUGGCAACACCACCUUCAAGGUUCCACAGGCUCUUUAA